AUGGCUACUUCUAUUGAGUUGGAUAAGAAACGAAAAGAUUUAUAUGAAUUAAAUACCAAAGCAUGGAAUGGUGAACAUACUUUUAAAACAGUUUCCAAAUUAGAUUCAUCCUUAAAGAAAAAUACUGCGUUCAUUAAAAAGAUUAAAAUUGUUAAUGCUGAUCAAUGUAAAUCAAUCCUAAAAGAUAUAGAAACACUUUCUAUUGAAAGGUACCUUUCUGAAGUGAUUGUUUCCUUAACUGAAGCUUUAUGUAAAGUCUCAAAAAAUGAUGAUAUUUUAGCUGCUAUGGAUAUUGUAUCUGCAUUACAUCAAAGAUUUACUUCGGAAUUUUCACCUUAUUUAAUGGUUCAUAUUUUGACAUGUAUGGCAAAUCCUAUGAGACAGACUGGCAAUGAUAUUGAUGAAAAGGAAGAAAAUAGCAGAGUUAUUAGGCAAAGAAAUUCAUUGAGACUUGUGAUGGAAUUUUAUUUGAUUGGCAUAUUUCGUAACUUGAGAGAUUGUAAUAAAGAUAUGGUUCCUGAUGAAAUUUUGAUGAAGUUUGGAAAAUCUGCAUCUGAACCAAUUAUAAUCGUUGUCAUCAAAGAUUUGUUAAAUUUUGAACUCAAGCUGGGUAAUUCAUUAAGCAUUGUACAACCAUUCUUGAAAAGAUUUUAUGAAGCCAUAUACAAGGAGAAUGAUUUACUAACAUUUGAAGUGAGGAAUGUCUUGCAACAAAUAUUUAAUAUUUAUUCUAAUGCUACCAUUGAGAAUGCGUCAACUUUGAAAAAGAGAGUACAAAGGGUUACUAGUCAAAAUAAAAAAGCGGCAAUUCGAACUGGGAGGAUUUUGGAAGAAAUCCAAUCUGAAUUAGAUGCAUUAACCUCUCUUUUUGAAAAGUUUAAGGCAGCGUCAGAGUUCCUUGCAGAUAUUCUUGAAAUUCCAUUACCAAAUUUAAACUUGGAAGAUGAAGAAAAAUUAGAAUCUGAUUCGGUCGUGGAAGUGGUUAAAGCAAAAUCUUUGAAUGAAGAUGAUUUCCAAGGUGUAUGGGAAGAUAUCAAAGAGAAGAAUUUCUAUACUAUUGUUCCAUCUUUAGGUGAAUUAAUCGGAUCCCAACAAGUUAUUGAUAGACCCGAUUACACUUCAAAAGAUGGUGAAAAGAUCCAAGACUUUUUGAAUAGAUUAGAAGAUGUUGGGUCUAAUGAUAUGGAGCAACUAGUCGUAGAAUUCAAUAAUUUAAAUCUUAAUAACAAAGCCACCAAGAAUAGACUUAUGAAAUUUUUCAUUGAAACUUCCAAUGUGAACAAUUUGAAAUAUUACACGAGAUUUUUGAAAAUCAAUGAAAUAAACUUAACUGAGCUAAUUACUGAAUUGAUUACGUAUUUGGAUAAAGGUUUCAGACAUCAACUUUAUCAAAAUAAAUUGAAUUUUAAAAAUAUCUUGUUUUUUGUCGAAAUGAUUAAAUUCAAAAUGAUUCCAAUACAUAUGAUUUUUCAUAAAAUCAGAACUUUGACGAUGAAUAUCACUUUGACAAAUAAUAUCGAUAUCUUAGCUGUGUUUUAUGAACACGUCGGUAGAUUCUUAUUACAUGAACCAGAAUAUAAAGAUUUAAUGCAAGAAAUGAUCAAUUUGUUAAGAGAAAAACUGAAACAAUCAAACUUGACAAUUAAUCAAAAGUUAGCCAUUAACAAUUUGUUAUUGAUUGUCAAUCCUCCAGCUACGAAAGUCCAAGUAUUGAGAGAGCGUGAGAAGUUAAGUCCAAAACAACAAUUUAUUCAAAGAUUAAUUAGAGUGGAAUUAGAUUCAACUUCUCUCCCUGUCGUUUUAAACCUUUUAGGAGAAAUUCCAUUAAAAUUUGAUGAAGAAUGCUGUGAUACUAUUUUAGAUUGUUUUGCAAAUCCAGAAUUAUUGAACUAUGAUAAUAUUCCUGCAUUGGCAAAAGUCUUACUGAUGUAUUCCGAUAAAUAUAAGCGAAUUGUUGUAUUUACAGUAGAUACUAUUAUUGAAAAGAUUGUCAGAGGUUUAGAACUCAAUGACUAUAGGAUGAAUAGGGCUAGAAUGUCUCAUGUUAAAUUCAUAGCAGAAUUAUAUAAUGCUAAAGUUAUCAAUUUCAAAUUAAUCAAUGAUUUACUUUACAAAUUGCUUUGCUAUGGCCAUCCUAACAAUCAACCACUUCCUAACAAUUGGGAAGUUGAAAUUGAUUUGCCCGAUAAUUAUUUUAGGAUUCAAUUAUGUUGCUUGUUGUUGACUUCCUUGACAUCCAUUUUUGUGGAUACUGAUCUCCCAUCCAGAAGGAAAGCACCAACUCGUGCGGUUGAUUUAAAGAAGAGAAAUGAUAUUAAUAAAGAAUUGUUAGGUGUAUUUACUACUUUCUUGCAAUAUUAUUUGUUUUGUAAAGAAAAACCACUCCCUAUUGAUAUUCAAUUCAAAUUGGAUGAUUUGUUUACGAAAUAUAAAAGUAUUCCAACGGUUAAGAGAUAUGAUACUAUUCGUGAAGUAAUCCAAAAACUUCAAGAGCUGAUCCAAACAAAACAAGAAAUCGAAAAGCAAUUGCUUGACGAUGAUGAUGAUGAAAACUUUGUCCCUGAAGAUGAAGCUGAUGGUGAGACCUUUGCCAUUGCUGAUGAGGAUGAAGAAGAUGACGAUGCUGAUGAAGAUGAAGAGGAAAGUGAUGUUGAUGCUGAUGAAGAUGAAGACGAGGAUACUGAUGGAGAAUCCGAAAUUCCUGAGGCUGAAAGAAUUCGUCUUGAUACAGAAAAGAAAUUCAAUGACGAUCUUGAAAAAGAAUUGCAAAAGAUUAUGAUUGAUUCCUAUAAUUCUUCGUCUAAUGAAAGAGCAAAACCACUGAGGAGCAAGUUUAACAUGCCUUUACCUCAGCAAGUCGCCAAGACCUUACCGUUGGAACCGCCUCGUUCUACUGCUUCUAAAGUUUCGUUUGGUUUAUUGACUAGAAGUGGAAAGAAUACAGAUGUUCGUCAAUUAAACCUCCCAAGUACUAACAAAUUUGCUGAAUCAGUAUUGAAAGAAAAGCGAGAUCAAAUUAGGGACAGAGAAAAUAUCAUGCGGUUAGUUCUGCGGAUGGAAGAUUAG